UGCAAAUGAAUAAAAAUCCAACACUUGAAGAGUUAAAAAGAGCUUUAAAGAACAUGGAGAGAAUUGAUCUAAUAAGAAAAUUAGACGAAUUAACAAAGAUUUCAAAUUCACCAGAAAUUACUCACAGAUUUUCUUCCAAGAAAGGUAUAGAAUGUUACUGAACUGUAAUCUUUUGAUACCGUAAUUAAAUUGAGUACGACUUUGGUGGACAUUAAGAGGAAGUUUGCAUCAACCUGUAGUUUGUCAAUCAAUUGGUGUGAUUAUUGUUUAACUUAGGAUUUAAAAUUAAGUAUUGCAAACAUUCACUAAUCUUGAAGAUUUCAUCUAUUGCAUUUGAUAUCUAAAGAAAGUGGAAUUAAGCAAUGUCAAGAAAAAAAUUGACUUAUGAUGAAUUGAUUUCAAAAUGCUGUGGUAAAAUAAGCUAUAAGAUUGGAAGUGAUUGGUUGCUAUGGGGAAGACAUUUAGGCUUAAGUGAUUCAGAUCUUGAUAACAUUGGCUCUGAUUAUAGAAAAUGUUAUGAGAAAGCUGAUUAUGUUUUGAUAAAGUGGAAGCAAAAAAACGGCAACCCAUCAUGGGAGCAAUUAAAAAAAGAGUUGAUAGCUUUUAAGCGUUAUGAUAUAGUAGUUAAAAUAGAGAAAAAAUUUGGAGAUUACUUAUCUGAUUCAGAAAAAAUACGAUACGAAGCUAUGGGUUUUGAUUCGUCUGAACAAGUGAGAAAAGAAUUCAAAGAAAAGAUAUUGAAUUCACCAGAAACAGCUAACAGAUUUCCUGACAAGAAAGAUUUGUCAAGGGUGUCGGCUGAUCUAAAAAUGUUUUAUCUUAAUCAUUAUGGGAAAAUUGGUGAACUUCAACCGCCAUUAAAAAAACCUGCAAGUGUUGAUUUAGACCAUAAAUUUAUUGAUCUGCAUAUUGUUGAUGCAGAGAAUAUUCAAAUUGAUAAAUUGAGUUGUGAACGAGAAAAAUUUCUUAAAAAGCAAAUGAGUUAUGCACCAUUUUCCUAUAGUGAAAUAUUUAUGAAAAAUAAAUCUGUAAUUUUAAUAUCUGGAAUAGCUGGUAUUGGGAAAACAUGGUUGCUUAGAAAAUUUUUGCUUGAUUGGUCAAAUGGUUCAAUUUGGAAAGAUGUAAAACUUGUUUUUUAUUUGGAAUGCAGGAAGCUUAAUCAAUAUCAAUAUCAAAAUAUUUCUAAUAUUAAUGAAUUACUAAAUGUUGAUUACAAAGAUGUUAUAAAUGACUUUAAUAUAAGUAGUCAUACUGCACUGUUUAUAAUUGAUGGAUUAGAUGAAUUUAUAUUUUUAAAUGAAUUAAUAAAUCCAAGUUUAAGUUGUAACUAUCCAAUUGUUAAUGCUUUAGCAGAAAUUCAAAAAAAAAAACAUGUAAUUGCUGGUCGAGUUUAUGCAAUUGAUGAAUACCAAAAUAUAUACACAGAGCGUAGGGAUAAGUUAAUCAUUCAAAUAAUGGGGUUUAAUGAAAAUGGAAUAAAUAAUUAUGUAGAAAAUAAUGUUAUGGAAGAAAAAAAAGAACUUGUAAAAGCAACUUUAAAAGCAUCUUUAAUUGCAAAAGCCAUGGCUUCUAUUCCAUUUUAUUUAUCUUCCAUGUGUCAAAUUAUUAAUAAUUCAAACGAAGUAAUUACAGUUUCGUUCUCAACAAUGACAGAUUUGUAUGCAAAUAUUUUUUUAUACUUUUUGCGAUCACACAUAUUCAAAAACGAUCACAUAAACAAAAAAAAAUCAAUAUAUCAGAUAAUGGAAGACGAAACCAAUAAAAGAUAUAUUUUAAAUAUUUGUAAAAUUGCAUAUGAAUUAUUAGCUGAAAAUAAAAUAAUUUUUUCCACAAAAGAAAUUCUAAAUUUUAUUAGUGACUUUAAUAAAAAUGAAAGUAAAUUUUUUGGAUUUAUAGAAAGGAUUGAAACAGAUGAGGAUUGUUAUUAUCAGUUCGCACAUUUGACACUAAUGGAGUUUUGUGCAUCUGUAUAUGCAUACAAUUGUUUAAGUAGUGAAGAGAUAGCCAAUAAAAAGUUGAUAGCCAUAAAAUAAAAAGUUGAUAAAAUAAAAUAAAAAGUUGAUAGAUAAAAUAAAAAGUUGAUAGAUAAUAUAAAAUAAAAAUAAAAUAAAAAUAAAAUAAAAUAAAAAGUUGAUAGAUAAUAAAAUAAAAAGCCAUAAAAUAAAAAGUUGAUAGAUAGCCAAUAAAAAGUUGAAGAGUUGUUUAUCAAUGAUUUGUGGAUUAACCUAUAAAAACCAACGUAGUUUAUUAAAGUUUCUUGUUAACCUGAAUCCUCUAAAAAAAUCUUGUAAUGAAUUUUUACUUUUGUUUCCUAUUUUGGGUAAGUUUCAAAACUUUGUUGCAUUUUUUAUGUCAUUUUAGAUAAUCAUACAGGUGUUCAAUAAGAUAAAAACUUUAGAUGUUUUUACUUCAACUAUUAUUAAACUUAACUGUAGAUGUAUUUACUUA